AGACCGAGUCCCAGAGAGACAGACAAACUCAAAAAGAUCCCCUUCGUUCACAAGGCUUCCAAACAAGCGGAUAGUGUCCACCGAUACACAGUUUUUUGGAGGGAGGGAGGGAGAGAGCUGAGACUUUCUUCGUUUUUUUUUUUUUUUUUUUUUCCAACCUCUUUGAUUUGAAAGCUGAGGGUUUCGAGAAUUGAGGGAAAUUGAACACAAGAGAUACGUUUGAAGGAACUUUUGUUUUUGUACAAGAAUGGGUGAUCACAUGGUUUUGUGCGUGGACCGCCUCAUUACGCCUGAAAGUUUACAGUCGCUGCAGGGAACUACUGCUCCAGGAUCUUCUUUAGAAUCUUCAUCUUCUCAAAAUUCGGAGCCACCUGUUUGUGCUAUUGCUGUAGAAGAUGUGGAUGAACAUGAUGGAUCUGAAGAAGACCCCCUUAUUCAGACAGUUGAAUGUCGAAUAUGUCAGGAAGAGGACAGCAUUAAGAAUUUGGAGGUUCCUUGUGCUUGCAGUGGCAGCUUGAAGUAUGCUCACAGGAAAUGUGUCCAGCGAUGGUGCAAUGAGAAGGGAGAUAUAACUUGUGAAAUCUGUCAUCAGAAUUAUCAGCCUGGUUAUACCUUGCCUGUACCACCCCCUCGAUCGGAAGAUGCCACCAUUGAUGUGAGUGAAGGUUGGGCAGUCUCUGAAACUGCUUUAGAUUUGAAUGAUCCACGACUUUUGGCUAUGGCAGCUGCAGAACGUCACUUUCUUGAGGCAGAAUACGAUGAAUAUGCAGAUGCUAGUGCGAAUGGAACGGCAUUUUGCCGAUCUGCUGCUCUGAUUUUGUUGGCUCUUUUGCUGUUGAGGCACGCUCUGUACCUUACAAAUGGUGAUGGAGAAGAUGAUGCUUACACUUUCUUCUCGCUUUUAUUGCUGCGAGCUGCUGGGUUUCUUCUUCCCUGCUACAUAAUGGCGUGGGCCAUCAGCAUACUACAGCGUCGAAGACAAAGACAGGAAGCCGCAGCACUUGCAGCAACUGAAGUUGCAUUUAUGCUGCAGGCAGCGCAAGGCCAAAGCCUUCAGUUUACCAUUGCUCCUGGGCCUGUGGUUACUCCCCAUCAAGAGCCACUCCAAUAAUAACGUUUCUUUAUGGAGUGCAGAGAGGCUUUAUAUAUAUUUUAACUCCAACCUAAAUUUAUUCUACUGUAUUUCACCUUCUUUUUUUUAAAAAAAAACUUUCAUCAGUAAACUGUAAUUUACUAUCUUCCUCUUAGCAUCCUCCACAAGUUUUUUCUUCGUACUGCUUUCAAUCUGUCUCUUGCAUUCUAUCAUCCUCAAUUUCUGAGUUACGUCUGUAUAUAAUUCUGGAUAUCACCUAAUCAGUGAUGGUUGCACCAGAGAAUUGAGUUUCUUUGUUCAAGAGUUAUUCCUGUAUAACUAUAGAUUUAUCUCCUUGAGUUGUGUUUAAGUUGGUAAGAUGUUGGGUUGUAAUAAAUUUAAUCGAUGAAUACGUUUCAACACACUAGUUGUCUCA